CAUUCAUUUUUUUUUUGUGCAGUAUUUCGUAGAUCAAAUGCAUUACAUGAACUACGUCCACACAAAGUAGGAGUUAAAGAAGUAACUUUGGCAAAUUCUAACUCUGAAACUCGUACUCAGCUCUAAUUUUGGGUAACAAUGAAAUACUUGAUGAAGGUAUUUACAGCUGUCUUCACCGGGGUUGCUAUUACACAUUUCAAUAUUGUGUCAGCCAAAGAUAACUCAUCUACGAAGGAAGACGAACGGGAGAUCAAAUGGUUUCUCAAUCUUACAAUAACAUGGAUUGUCAAACCACCGUACGUCGCACUGCCUACCAAUGGAUCUAUAGACAGCAGGCCUCAGGGACUAAUCCGAGAUACACUUUUACGAUACAUCGAGUAUGAAUGCAGUUACCUUCAUAAUGGAAAAUACCAAAUACAAGACCGGCACAUAAACAGUGAAUAUGAAAUGAUCGAACUCUUGAGGCAAAACAAAGUCCACGUUGCAGCUCCUAUUUUCGAGCCAAAAGGGGACAGACACUACAGCGAGUUUCCGUUUUUCAAAGUUGUUGAUUAUCCAGGAACAGACUUCAUUAGCUCUGAGGAAAGGAACAAUAAGAUGAGCGACGUUUUGGAUGCCGUACUAAGGUCUUGGCCACUGCUAGCUGUUACUCUGGUCCUGACAGCAAUUUCAGGGGUUAUUAUGUGGGCAUUGGACACUUAUUGGAACAGUGAAGAAUUUCCGCGAUCAUUCAUCAAAGGUUCAUGGGAUGGAUUUUGGUGGUCCUUUAUUUCGAUGACCACAGUAGGCUAUGGUGACAAAUCUCCCAAAUCUCUUCCUGCACGGAUAUUCUCCAUUGUUUGGAUCUUCGUGGGCCUGAUUGUUAUGGCUAUCUUUACGGCGAACGUUACUACCGCACUGACGGCACUUACCCUGGAAACCGAACCAAGCAGAUUUGCUAAUAAGAAGGUUGCAGUUUUAGGAAAUGGGACAGAGUACCAACACGCGCAACAAGAGGAAGCUGAACCAAUAGUGCACACCAGUAUCAACGACGCCGUCAAAGCUUUACAGUCCAAGGACGUGGAUGGAAUAUUCAUAGAUCACUACACAAACAUCUUUUAUCACUCAAGAGAAAAAUUGAAAACGCUUCUCACCGUCAAGAAAUUGGAGCUUCAAAGAGAUGUCGGGGUUCUCUUUUCACAGGACAGAAAAGACCUAGCAGAUUGCCUAAAUUAUCAACGUUCCACCAUUUGGAGGUCGGCUCAAACCAUCACUACAACAUAUAAGCUCACUAAACGCAGUCUGGCAAAACAAUUCAGUUUGUUUGACGAUUCCUCCAGCUUUGUUAAAAUAUUGUUGUACAUAUUGCUUGGAGUUUUAGCAGGAAUGCUUUGUAUUGGAAUAAUAUGGGACACACUUAUCAGGAAGAAGUCGGAUAAGCAGAAAAAUUCCGUGAUAGAGUGGGGAGCCGAAAACAAAGGGAUGGCGUUAACUGAGAGAGAAAGUAUUCUGAACGACUUUGAAGUGGCCAAAAGACUUCUUAAACAAAUGCAAGAUCAUUUCACAGUACUGGAAUCAAAAGUGUCAAAAAUUCGAGAUAACCGGUAAACGGCGCGGUUGGGAUUUACAAAUUUAGAAUACGCAAGUAACGUGUGGUCACCAUACAUGGCUAAGUACAUAAACCUGAUAGAGAAUGUUCAACGACGAGCAACAAAAUUCAUACUUAACUAUCCACCAUCAGAUAUUUCUUAAACAGAGCGACCUGUAACACUUAAACUAUUGCCUCUUGAAUUCAGACGCGAGAUCAAUGACCUGAUUUUGCUUCACAAGAUCCAAAAUGGAUGAAAAAUAUCUCUUCAAACGUGUUAAUAAAGUCAACGCCUCGAUACAACACGCGCAACUUCGAUUCUGCGAACUAUAGACCUAUCUCUCAACACAGUAAAGACUAUUACCGUCAAUCAUAUUUUACUAGAACUGUCAAACUUUGGAACUCCCUACCCAUGGAUAUUAAAAUAGCUAACAAUAUAUCUUCUAUCAAAAGACAAAUACAACUCUUGUACUUUAAUAAUUUAUCUAUAUACCGCCCUCCAUAGAUAUUUACAUUGUAUUUUAGGAAUUUAAGUUUAUAUUUUAUUUUUUAAAGGUAAAAAUUGUCAAUUGGGACUUAUGUCCUGUUAUUCUUACCUGUCAUUCAACCAGUUUUUUCUUUUUUUUUUUUAAUUCAUUGU